AUGGUCCGAAACUACAAACGGAAGACUGACCGGGCAAAUUGGUCAGAGGAGCAAAUGAAGCUUGCUAUCUUGGCAGUAGAAAACAAAGAGCUGUCCAUAAGAAAAGCUGCCGUUGUCUUUGGGGUUCCCAAGUAUUCACUAAAUCGCCGAGUGCAAGGUAAGCUGAAAAGUUUAUCCGCAGAGGAGAAACAUAAAAAUAUUUUGGGGCGUUAUCGUGCAAUUCUCACCCAUGACCAAGAGAAAGAGCUUGAAGACCACAUAAUCAACAUGGAUCAAGCUUUUUAUGGUCUUUCCAUAAAUGACAUCAGAGCCAUUGUCUAUGACUAUUGUCAAAAGAACAAUAUUAAGAACAAUUUCAAUUCGGAUAACAAAAUGGCUGGUCGUGACUUCGUUGCGGGUUUUAUGAAGCGCCACCCAAAGUUGUCACUUCGAAGACCAGAAUCAGUGUCUGUGAAUCGGGUUUUUGGUUUAAACAAGACCUCUGUGAAUUUAUACUUUGAUAACCUGGAAACUGUGUUGGAUAAACAUAACUUUAAACCACAUGAAAUCUUUAAUUGUGAUGAGAGUGGUUUGACCUGUGUUCACAAACCAGUGAAAGUCGUUGCGCCAAAGGGAAAGCGAUGUGUCUCCUCUGUUACUAGAGCGGUGAACGUGGUCAAACAACAACCAUUUUAG